AUGUCCAACGACGAAGAGGCAGAAGUCUCGCAGAAUGUCGACAUGGUCGACGCAGAGCCGUCCCCUGCACCCAAGCGCAAGCGAUCCGAAAAGACAUCGUCAACCGUCACUCAAUUCACCAUUCGCAAUCCACCAUGGUCAUACCUGCAGCUGUCCCUCAUUACGAAUACCCCGAACUACCAACUGGAUGCCUUGACCGCACACCUGCACCUUCGCGCCGCUCUCUCCCAGUUUCUAGGUCUACACGGUACUGCCAUCCCUGUCGACAUCCUCAAGCUGCACGAGAACGACGUUCACAUUCGCGUACCCAAAGAAGAUGCAAGUGCCGUUGUAGUAGCUGUCGGUGGAUGGGUUGGUAAGGCGGGCGAAGGCUGGAGAGUCAAAAACUCUGCUUCAUGGGGUCUUGGUCUACAUUCGAAUUCUGGAGCCAAUCUGUUCGAAUGA